CUCACGGACAGACUCCAUUUCAUCACAUGGAUAUUCUCAGAUAUCUUCUAUGUUACAGUCACUGCGAAAAUCUUCUCUUGGAAUCUCGUUUUCUGCUUCAAUGGCGGUGAUGAUGCUUAUGCGACCGUAAGCUCGACAUUUUUUAGACGGAUUGUUAAUUGCUUGGAUUGCUAAAGUUUUGGGAAACGGGAGAAACUUUCUGCUUGUUUAAAUUAUGGCUGCUUGGUCACUAUCAGUUGGGAUAGGAUCUUGUUGUCUCAGUAAUAGCAUCACUAGAACAUGGAAGUUUCCUUCUACUAGGUUUUUUACUGGUAUGAACAAGACUAAACCUGGAUCCGAGACACUGAUAGUUACAGGAAAACCUUUAUUGCGGGAUCAGCUGAGUAGGAUUUGUGCUUCAAAGACUUCUAUCGAGCUGAGGGACCAAGUAUCUACUAGAAGUGCUCAGGCCAAUGACCUAAAGAAGGCAGUAUCCUAUUUGUUCAGGACGAAAGCUGGUACUCUUGUUAAAGUUAAAGUUGAAAAGAAGAGAGAAAAGUACAGCAUUUUGGUUUAUGUUUCAUCUUUAGAAGUAAGUGGCGACGAUGAGAGCAGACCGGUGAUGGUUUGGGGUGUAUACAGGUCUGAUUCGUCGUGUUUCUUGCCUCUGGAUUUCGAAAACUCUUCCCAGGAAUUACAAACCCACACAACAGAAACUCCGUUUGUGAAAAGCUCCUUGUCUGAAUUAAUGUUAGGGCUCGAAUUUGAUGGGAAAGAAUCUCCUUUCUACCUAUCAUUUCAUCUGAAGUUACUGUCAGGAAAAGACCCCGAUGGUCUAAAAAUGCUGACACACAAGGACGCUAACUUCUGUGUCCCGGUUGGUUUUACUGCUGGUCAGCCAUUGCCAUUAGGCCUUUCUUCUGGACCAGGUAACGACUCUUGGAAUUUCGCCUUCUUUUCAAGACACUCAAGGGGCGUGGUUUUGUGCUUGUAUGAUGAUAGCACAACCGACAAACCUGCGUUAGAGCUUGAUCUCGAUCCUUAUGUCAACCGAACAGGUGAUGUUUGGCAUGCUUCAGUUGAGAAGACAUGGGAUUUUGUGAGAUAUGGGUACCGUUGCAAGGAAAAUGUUCACUCUGAAGAAGAAGAAGAAGAAGAAGGCAAUGUUGAAGCUGAGAAAAUUGUUUUGGAUCCGUAUGCCACAGUUAUUGGGAAAUCCGUCUCACAGAAGUUUCUUGGAAGUUUGUUCAAAAACUCUUCUUUUGAUUGGGGUAAUGAUGUGUCUCCAAACAUACCACUAGAGAAACUCAUCGUUUACCGGUUGAACGUAAAGGGUUUUACACAACACAAAUCCUGCAAAUUGCCCAGUAAUGUAGCAGGGACUUUCUCGGGUGUAGCUGAGAAAGUGAACCAUUUGAAAACCCUUGGAACUAACGCUGUUCUAUUGGAGCCAAUAUUUUCAUUCUCCGAGCAAGAAGGUCCUUACUUUCCAUUUCAUUUCUUUUCUCCCAUGGACAUGUAUGGACCUUCCAAUGGCCACGAAUCCGCAGUCAACUCAAUGAAAGAGAUGGUAAAGAAAUUGCACAGUCAGGGGAUUGAGGUAAUUUUGGAAGUAGUUUUCACACAUACUGCCGAGUCUGGAGCUCUUCGAGGGAUUGAUGACAGUUGCUAUUACUACAAGGGAAGGGCUAAUGAUUUAGAUUCCAAAAGUUACUUGAACUGUAACUAUCCUGUUGUUCAGCAGUUGAUUUUGGAGAGCCUGCGUUAUUGGGUAACUGAGUUUCAUGUAGAUGGUUUUUGUUUCAUCAAUGCUUCGUCUCUCUUGAGAGGCGUUCAUGGUGAACACCUCUCUCGUCCUCCCUUGGUUGAAGCAAUAGCUUUUGAUCCACUGCUCGCGGAAACAAAACUAAUUGCUGAUUGUUGGGAUCCACACGACAGCAUGGUGAUUCCAAAGGAAGUAAGGUUCCCGCAUUGGAAGCGAUGGGCAGAACUCAAUACAAGAUAUUGUCGAAACGUAAGGAACUUUGUUAGGGGAAGAGGCGUUCUUAGCGAUCUGGCUACAAGAAUUUGUGGAAGUGGUGACAUAUUUACCGAUGGAAGAGGUCCGGCUUUCUCUUUCAACUACAUUUCCAGAAACUCAGGACUCUCUCUUGUUGACUUAGUCAGUUUCAGUGGCCCUGAGCUAGCUUCAGAGCUGAGUUGGAACUGCGGGGAAGAAGGAGCAACAAACAAAUCAGCUGUUCUUCAAAGAAGGCUAAAGCAGAUCCGCAACUUCUUGUUUAUACAGUACAUUUCACUCGGAAUCCCGGUUCUUAACAUGGGAGAUGAAUGUGGAAUCUCUACAAAGGGCUCGCCUUUGUUAAAAUCACGGAAACCCUUUGACUGGAAAAUGUUGGCUUCAGCUUUCGGUGUACAGAUCACGCAGUUCAUCUCUUUCAUGACUUCGGUUAGAGAAAGGAGAAGCGAUGUGUUUCAAAGGAGAAACUUUUUGAAACCUGAGAACAUUGUUUGGUAUGCAAAUGACCAAACAACUCCGAGUUGGGAAGACCCUAGUUCGAAAUUCCUGGCAUUGGGGAUCAAAGCAGAGUCAGAGGAAGAAGAGACCGCGUCACUGGUUGAGCCAACCGAGCCGAAGAACAAUGAUCUGUUCAUUGGAUUCAAUGCAGGUGAUCAUCCUGAGAAUGUAAUCUUACCUACACUUCCCGAUGGAAGCAAAUGGAGGCGAUUGGUCGACACAGCUCUUCCUUUCCCGGGGUUUUUCUCUGUCGAGGGAGAGACCGUUGCAGCAGUAGAACAGACUCAGCAACUGGUAGUGUAUGAGAUGAAGCCGUACAGUUGUACCCUUUUUGAAACAAUCAAUUCUACUGCUUAGAACUCAAGUUAUGAUAUUUGUAUAUGUUAUUACUGUGUUGUCAUAUAUCCAAUAAGAAUAUUCAAUCAAA